AAGAAAGCCAUGUAACAAUAAUAAUUUGAAAUUUUGAUUAUCUCGACCAAUUUGUGGUGGGAUUUUUUUAUUUAGAUUUUUUUAUUUGAAUUAAGUAACAUUAGUAGUGAAUUAAUUCUGUAAUACCGGUAAUUAGUUCUGGAAACAAUGUAUAAAAAACCUGUAAGUACGGGAAAGCGGCCAUACGGCGGUGUGAGCAUGAGGUCUGGGUCGACCUCUGCCGGUGUGAGGGACCGGUCCGCCCAGGAGACGUUUGACACCAGCCUGUUAGUGGGUCCUGUGUAUGAGAACAGCGCCGCCAGGAAGAAAACGGCCAUCAAGCAAGAGCUCUCCGACAUUACUAAGCGUCUUCAUCAGACCCUGUACACUUACGAUGCUAUAGAUGAAUACUCGCAGGAAACCGCCACAAGUGCAUCCUAUGUUACAAAAGUAAAACAGGAGGUGAACAAUAUCGAAUCCAAAGAAAUCAGAGAUCACCUUAAUGUUUUCAUUGGUCGAUAUGAAGAAAUGACGUCAUCUGUAGCUGCAGCUAAUAGAGAAAGAGAUGUUCUUCUUCUGCAGUUGGCAGAUUGGUUCACUGUGGAUCACACGGACCUGGGAGUCGAUUCCUCAAUCACCGAGAAAGAAGAACAUGAACUUACGAAAAGCUAUGCUGAAACUGUGGCAACCUUUGAAAAGCUGAAAAGAAUUCAAAAUCAGCUGAAUGCAGAUCCUGGGAGGAAAGCUCAAAUAUUAGCUGAAGAGAAAAAACAUGUGGGAAAGAAAGUUCUUGACAAUCUCCAGCUUAUGAAAACAAUCAGCAUUCAAACAAUGAAGGUGCCGGCUGGAUCAACAGAGUUUAUUCCAUGGAAAGAUGCAGCAGAUGAAAUAGUGGGGAUGAUGAAGAAAGUUCGUCAGGAAAGCUCUGAAGAAGUGACAAUGCUCACAGACAAGAUAUACCAGCUACUUGGAGAACUGGAAAAGCAACAGUUGUUAUUCAAUAGGUUAAACAAAGAUAUAAAGAGAGAAAAAAUGGUCAAGAGUCAGCUGGCAGAUGACUGCACCGAUCUGAAAGUGCAGCUGGUCCAGGCUAAGGAAUCCAUCAUCAGAUAUGAAACAGAUUUGGAGAAAGCUAAAAAGAUGAUCAAGAAAUUACGCAAAGAAAAGGAGAGCAGAAAGACCACUAAGGCUUCCGCUGCUGAUGAUGAUGGUGAAAAACAGAGAGACGAGGAGGCAAAGAUACCCCUAUCCACCAUUAUAGCUCAGCUUAAUGGAGAAAACAACCGUCCCCAUGAGAUGUCGAGUGACCCCUCUGUACUGAGAACCCAAAUACGGGAGCAGGAGGACAGGAUUACCGCCCUCACAAAAGAACUGAAAGAAACAGAUCUCAAAGUGAGAGAAUUUGAGCCCGUACUUGCAGCAAAGGAUGUAGCACUUGUGGAGCUGGGCAAUGAGAUCAACAGUUUGGCCCAGAAGGUGGAGAAUCUAACCUCUUCAGUGGAGGAGAAAGAUAAGGAGAUCAAAAAGCUGUCUUUUGCUGCCAAACGAGCUUCAAGCAGACCACCUCCAUCUUGUAAGAAAUGCAGCAGAACCAAACCAGCAGAAACUCCAUCUCCAGCUGAGAAGCAGGAUGGACCUGAUAUGCACAUAAACAAAGAACUGCAAGAAAAAGAUACUGAAAUAGAAAAGUUGACCGAUGUGAUUCAGCGUUUUAAAAAGCUAUUAGCAGAGACAGAAAUGAAAUUAAGAGAUGCAUAUCGAGAAAUCUCAGAUCUUACAAUACUUCAGACAGAGAACAUCAUCCAUCAAAAGAAGUCAUCUAAGAUGGCCAGAUCCGAAGUCCCCAGUCCAUCUGUCAAGGUUGAACACAAGGUUCAAGAUCAAGACAUUCACAGCAUUGAGGACACAAAGUCUUUAGUUAUCAUCCAAGAUCCAGUGGAUAUUCGAGAAAGCGAACCUCUGGUAAUUCCUAUGAGGGAAGAUCUUCCAGUGGAGGAUGCACCCCUUGACAUGGUGGAAGAUGGUGAAUAUGUGGAAGAGCUGGAUCUAGAAGAGGAGUCAGUUUUGGAGGUGAAAGAAGAGGAGGCUGUUUCACCUGCAAAACCAAUCAAACCCAAAACAGCUGUACUGUCUGUAGAGAAACAGAAAUCUCAACCAAAGAGGACCAGCCGAAAAGAGAGAACAAAACUGCCUGCUUUAAACCGCAAGUCUGUCAAGUCUUCCCCACGGGAACCUGUGCAUGUGGAACCUCCCAUUGAUUCAGAGGCCAAGUCCCGAAGGAAUCAUGUCCUAUACCAAGUCGGAGAUCUACAAAGCAGGAUGAAUGUGAUAUUAAACAUGGUGGCUAAUUUUGUGUCCACUGUUAGCAGCUUGAUCUACAAAGAUCCUGAGGAACCAAGUAUUAAUGGAGUGAAAGCAUUUGAGUUUGGAUGCAAUGCCAACACCUUGAAGAGAAAGGAGGUGGAUCCAAAAGAGCUGGAGUCCCAACAGAAGAGAGCCCAGGUGUUGUACUGUGGUCAGAGUAUCAGCAAACUGUUGAAGGAGGUGUACAAUCUUCUGUCUACCACACUGAAUCUACAGCACAGUGAAUUCGAGAUGAUUUAUAGAUCCUUCAAGAAACACCAACAGAAGAGAGCCAUUGAACAGGCCAUUAUGUCAGGAAGUCUGCAGAAGUACUAUGACAAUGGCGGUAGAAGCACUUCCUACGAUUACCACAAGCCUCGGGCAGGCUCCUCGAUCAGUGCUGAGGAUCUGGGUCAACAGAAUGUUUUAUUGUAUGGAUUCCACAGAUCCAAGUCUGAGUUGGAUGUUCACAGCAACUUUUCCUCUGAAUCUUUUACUACACAAUUCCUUAGGGAGAGAUCUCAAGUGUUCCUUACCAACACUCAGGCCGAAACGCCUCAGGGACGGAAAACAGCUCUUGGUCAUUACCCAGCCAGUCGGGAGGAGGUCUGCAUUGCCAAGACGACCGUGCCAAAGAAGGGACUCAUCAAACUCACAGCACUGGACAACGAACUAAAAAAUCCUCUUCUCUUUGACAAGAAGGAAAAAGAAGUUCUACCAAUGGAAGCAGUGCGAGAGCAACAGAGAAAGCAACAAAAGUAUGAAAAGCAGAGGAAGAUGUUGAUACGACGCAAAGACAUCAUGAACCAGGUCAACAUUGGCAGCCUCCAUCUGGCCGAGGAGAAAGAGAAGCACAAUCUGGAGAUGCAGAUAGAGAACUACACACUUGGGGACCUCCACCGCAACCUUAACGAGCUCACUAAUGCGGUCAAGCAUCCUUCAUCAGAGAGUAUAAAGAAGGAAGGAACCAAGUCCCUGACCCCCCAACCCCGGGGACUGGCUCUCCCCUCCAUCAACACAAUCAACUUGUUCUAGCUUGGACCCACUCAGAGACAUGGCUGUAUACUGUGCAAUUCACCCUCGGAACAAUUGUUAAUUUAAAAGUUUUUGUACACACAAAAAUCCUGAUGUGUAUAUAUAUGUUUUAUGUUUGUCUAUAUUACAUGUAUUUUCUGUUCAUGAUUUACUGUACAUAAUAAAUAUGAUGCAUUCCA